AUGGUUCCAAGAUGUGCUCCCGAAAGCUCCAGUUCUCCAGAGAACCAGGGGCCUCUGCAUGGUGCAGCGGGCCAGCAGCAUGUGCUGACUUUCAGCGCCUCCCCUGACGAGCCUUCCACGACGGCCGUCGUCCGGCCCAAGAGACAGAAGAGAUUCGCCAACAAGGUCAAAACUGGCUGCAUGACGUGCCGACGUAGACGGAUAAAGUGUGAUGAAGUCAAGCCAGCAUGUAAAAAGUGCACCUCUACUGGACGAGACUGCGAGUACCCUCCCACGGUCUUUCGCCUUGCCGAGAGCCCCAUUCAAGCAGUGCCCGCGCAGCACAAGCCUUUGAACAUCCAUCCCAUUUCACUCCUAGCUCCGCAGGGCAUCAGAGUCGGCCGCCAGGAAGCACACGUCUUUGAUCUUUUCCGCCUACGCACAGUCCAUCAAGUUGGCGGCAGCUUCAACCAAGCAUUCUGGACCGGUGAUGUGCUGCGUGCUGCGCGUGUCUAUCCUGCUGUCUGGCAUGCGUGCCUCUCUUUCGCCGCCCUCGAUCAUCGAGCAAAGAAGCCUACAGCUUCCGAAGCCGACAAGAAGUCCCUGUAUGCCUUUGCGCUGCUGCAACAUAACGCUUCGAUCAGGCACAUGGUCAUGAUUGCGCAGCAAGCAUCCCCGAGUUACGCCGACCAGGAGACGUUUAUGCUCGUGAGCAUGCUCUACACGGGCCUGUGCUGCUUGCAAGGAGAUGUGGCACAGGCCGCUGAACACGCUCGCACUAGCAUACUACUUUUCUAUCAAUGGCAGUUCUGGGAGCAUCAGCAGCAAGGACGCCUGGAUCACGUACUAUCGCCCAGGGCCUUGAUUUCUCUCAUCUCCCUCUACGAGUCCCAAAUCUUCGGUCGCACAAGAAAUGUGCCGAAACCAAACUGGUAUCUGCAAGGGAAACCACCAGCUGAGCCAGCAAAAGCGUACCAGUCCGUGAGCGAUGCGUUUACCGACAUCCAACCCAUGUUGACGGCCAUAUUUCAGGCCUUUCCCAUGGUCACUCUGCCUGGGGACAUUGCCAGGGUGGUAGGGUAUGAUGACACAAUCCAAGAGUACAAGAGCCGAUUUGCGGUUUGGAGAUCAAAAUUCAAGGCACUCUUGGAUACGCAGCCCGAGGGUGGUUCGAACAAGCAUGGGGCAAUACAGCUUCAACUUAUGGAAGUGGCUGUGUAUGUAUGCUUGCACCUGGACCGCACCCUCGGCGAGGAAUCUUUUGACCACUUUACAGAGUCAUUCAUCCGAAUCAAUCAUCUUUCGCGGCAGCUCAUCGAUCUCGAAAAGGAGACCGAGGCAAGGCAGGGCAUUGACGGCCAGGGGUUUUCGUAUUCUGUUUCUGUCGCCGAGCUGCUAUUUGGCGUGGGACGUACGUGCCGCGAUCGGUUGAUUCGACGGGAAUCAGUUGCACUACUGCGACAGUGGCCUAGAAGAGAUGGUAUCUGGCGACCGAUCGUCGUAGCAGACAUGUGCGCUGCCGUCAUUGAGCUAGAGGAAGGGGCAUGGUACGACAUUCGAUCGAUCGCGCCGGAUGUAUGCAGCUGUGUAUAUGAGAAAUUCAUUUGCAACAACCACCGAGUCGGUCGUCUUGAGUUGAAAAUGUCUCCUCCAGGACAGGCGUCUGUUCACUUUCGAUCAGUGAGCGACGUCCGACAUCAGCGCGAGGGGCUUACCAAGGCGGUUUCGAUGAGUUAG